GCGCUGCGUUAGCGGGCCGGUUCUCGCCAAGUCUCGCACUCGCUUUCGUUUAGGGAGGAUCCGUCUCCUUGCUCACGCCCAACCGGACCUGAGGCCUCACAGCCCUACCUUAGGUACCCCACCACCAUGGCGCAGCAAUGCCAUCGGCUCAUUCGCGAUGCCGUCUUCUACUACAAAAACACUCGUCGUCGGUUGCCAUGAGUAAACACGCUACCUAUCUCUCUAUCCUCUGCGUCGAUUGACAAAUGGCUGCGAAAAAGGAGCAAGAAGCUCGCGGCGAAGCCCUCCCCGCCUACGAGGAGCUACCCGGCCCCUCGUCCUACAACUCCGGCCUGCCGACGGAGGGGCCGUCCGUGGCCGACCCCUUCAACUUCCCCUCCGACACCGACCUGCCGCCGUCGUACUCGGCGGCCGCCGCGGACAUCGCCCCAGGCGCGAGCCGCCCCGUCGCGAUCCCGCAGGUGUGGGCGGAGCCGACGGCGCCGUUCCUGGACGCGUACCCGCGGGGGGUGCUGCUGCGGCGCGGGGUGACGGCGGAGACGUGGGCGGCGUUCCUGGGGACGCUGUCGGGGUUCCUGGCGGCGACGGUGCCGGCGCAGGCGGUGAGCCACGCGGCGGAGUCGGCGCGGCAGGUGGGCGACGUGCCGCGGCGGUUCGGCAAGGAGACGCUGGCGCACGCGCGCGCGACCGGCCAGGUGAUCCGCGACAGCGCGCGCAGGGGCGACUACCUCAGCGCCACGCUCGGCGUGCUCGGCGGCGCCAUCGCCCUCCCCGUCGCCGCCUCCCUGAACGCGGCCGGCGCCGCCGUCGCCCUCCCCUUCGUCGCCCUCGACGCCGUCACCCGCAAGCCCCAGACCCCGCGCGAGCGCGCCGUCGCCUACGUCGCCGUCGCGAACCAGAAGUGGCUCCGCCCCCGCGGCCUCCACGCUAGCCUCCUCGACUCCGCAGAGCUCGCCCACCUGCUCGGCCUGCCCGCCCGCCAGCUGCUGCAGCUCGCGGGUACUACUAAGGACGGGAGCGCCGCCGCGCAGCUCGCCGCCCUGUGCCCCCAUGUCGCCGAGCUCGAGGUGAAUGGCCCCGCCGCCCUCGAACUAGACCCUAGCACCUUCUGGCUCGUCGUGAGCGAGAAGAGUCCGGAGGAGGACGAGCGGGCCGGCAAGAAGGACAAAGGAAAGGGUAAGGGCAAGGGAAAGGGCAAGGGCAAGGGCAAGAACAAGGGGAGCGCGGAGUAGAGAGCCGGCUAGGAUAGGGACCGUACGUGUGUAUUCGUGGAUACUCGGGUGUCUUUGGUCGAGGGAAACUACUUUAUCGAACUGGCCGGGCAAUAAGUCCGAAU